GGCGCUGGCCGGGGGCGCCGGGGGGCCGGCGGCGGCCCGGGCGGGACGAUGAAGCGGCAGAACGUGCGCACGCUGGCGCUCAUCGUGUGCACCUUCACCUACCUGCUGGUGGGCGCCGCGGUCUUCGACGCGCUGGAGUCGGAGCCCGAGAUGAUCGAGCGGCAGCGGCUGGAGCUGCGGCAGCAGGAGCUGCGGGCGCGCUACAACCUCAGCCAGGGCGGCUACGAGGAGCUCGAGCGCGUUGUGCUGCGCCUCAAGCCGCACAAGGCCGGCGUGCAGUGGCGCUUCGCCGGCUCCUUCUACUUCGCCAUCACCGUCAUCACCACCAUCGGCUACGGCCACGCAGCGCCCAGCACGGAUGGCGGCAAGGUGUUCUGCAUGUUCUACGCGCUGCUGGGCAUCCCACUCACGCUCGUCAUGUUCCAGAGCCUGGGUGAGCGCAUCAACACCUUCGUGAAGUACCUGCUGCACCGCGCCAAGAGGGGGCUGGGCAUGCGGCGCGCCGACGUGUCCAUGGCCAACAUGGUGCUCAUCGGCUUUUUCUCGUGCAUCAGCACGCUGUGCAUCGGCGCCGCCGCCUUCUCCUACUACGAGCACUGGACUUUCUUCCAGGCCUACUACUACUGCUUCAUCACGCUCACCACCAUCGGCUUCGGCGACUACGUGGCGCUGCAGAAGGACCAGGCGCUGCAGACGCAGCCGCAGUACGUGGCCUUCAGCUUCGUCUACAUCCUCACGGGCCUCACGGUCAUCGGCGCCUUCCUCAACCUCGUGGUGCUGCGCUUCAUGACCAUGAACGCCGAGGAUGAGAAGCGCGACGCCGAGCACCGCGCGCUGCUCACGCGCAAUGGGCAGGCGGUGGGCGCUUGCGGCGGCGGCGGCGGCGGCGGCGGCGGGAGUGGCGCGGGCGGCAGCGCGCACACCACGGACACCGCCUCGUCCACGGCGGCUGCGGGCGGCGGCGGCUUCCGCAACGUCUACGCCGAGGUGCUGCACUUCCAGUCCAUGUGCUCGUGCCUCUGGUACAAGAGCCGCGAGAAGCUGCAGUACUCCAUCCCCAUGAUCAUCCCGCGGGACCUCUCCACGUCCGACACGUGCGUCGAGCAGAGCCACUCGUCACCGGGAGGGGGCGGCCGCUACAGCGACACGCCCUCGCACCGCUGCCUCUGCAGCGGGGCGCCGCGCUCCGCCAUCAGCUCGGUGUCCACGGGCCUGCACAGCCUGUCCACCUUCCGCGGCCUCAUGAAGCGCAGGAGCUCCGUAUGAAAGCCCCGCGGGGCCUGGAGCACGUGGGAGCGCGGGCGGGGGGCUGCUGCCUGGAGGAGCAGCAGGGGUCGGCAAGGGAGCCACCCCAGCCGCCUUCGGCCCCGUGAGGCUCCCCCCGACACCCCUCACCACCCUCCCCCAGCCCCCAUCUCCGACUGUGCCUGCUCGCACCAGCCAGCAGGAGCCUGGGCUCUGAGGACCCCUGGAGCCCCUAUCUGCGCCCUGCAAAUUCCGAGAAAUGUGAAACUUGGGGGAGGGGUCGGAGGGAGGGAAGGCAGAAACUGGGAGCCUCCCAUUUCUUUGGAAAUCUAAGGAGCUCCCCAGUCCUCAGAGGCCAUGCUGGUACCCAGACCCGCCCCCCCUCCUCCAUCCGGAGGGGACUUCGUGUUCCGUGUACGUUUGCAUCUCUAUUUAUACCUCUGUCUUGCCAGGUCUCCCACCGUGCCUUGGCUCCAAAAGCCAGGGUGUCUUUGUCCAGGUCACCUCCACUCAGUCCACUCCCCUUCCUCAUCCCCAGCGGUGUCUCCCAACCUCCCACUACCUUUUGUGUUGUUUUGCAUGGCUUUGCAGUUAUGGAGAAAGUGGAAACCCAGCAGUCCCCAGAGCUAGUCCCCAGAGGGCAGGCAGGCAGAAGCCAGGGCAGGCCUGCUGCAGGAGGUGCAGAGGAUGGGAGGGAGGCCAAGCCUCCAGUCUGCAGGAUGGACCCGCUGGCAGGUGAGAGCUUACUGCCCCCCAGCCACAUUCUCACAGGGGGCAGGGGGCGUCCAGCCUUCCAGACACUGCCCUUGAAUCCAACAGAAAACUUCAUACUUGCCAUCCCCGGCCACUGCUGAUAAUGACCAGCUCCUCAAUCUGCAGAAUGAGUUCUGGCCUCUAAAAACUCUGUCGUGACUGACUACUCAUUCGUUUGGUUCUCACAACACUCCAGUUAGGUCACCAGGGCAGGAGUUCUCAUCCCCAUUUUACAGAUGACACUGAGACCCAGACAGGUGAAGUGACUUGCCCAAGGUGACACAGAUGGCAAAGGCGGAGGGGAACAAGAACCCAGGCUGCCCAUUCCUAGCCUCGGUGCUCUUUCCUUCCAACUCCUCUGCCCGCUCCUAAAAGCAGAGCUCCUGCUGGCACAGCAUGGCAUCUUUGAACAACUGGGGAGAACCAGAACCAGAGCCCAGGACUGAGCCAGUGCUGGGCUCAGCAUCUCCUCCGCUCAGCUGUGAGGCAGGGUCUGAAUGAGCCCCUGAGACAGGGUAGGACCCCUCAGUCUCCGGACUGCCUGCUUACAGACAGGGACAUCCUUAGACCGAAGCAGCCUUGGAGAAAAGACCAGGAGCUGGGCUCUAGAAGUUUGGGAAUGGAGCAGAGCGGCCUAGAGAGCUGGCAGGCAUAUCCUACUGGGAUAUUAUCCUUGGCCCCACAGCCAGUGUGGGUGCCGGUGUUCCAAGUAGCUAGAGACAAGCUAAGACUGCAGCAAGGAACACCCCUCCCAGGUUGGGGGCUUGGACCUGGUGUGCCCAUUGCCUGCUCCACCUGCAACCAAGAAGCCCCGACUGUGGGGACCCACAGCUGGAGCUGGUACGGUAACUCAGGAUAGCAUCGAGGGGUGGGUGAGGGGCCUUUCCUCCCUCACCAUGCUGUUCCCAUGUCAGCUCCUUAACACUGCUGAGCAAGGCCAGCCCUGGCGUUCAGGGAAGCUGGAGUGGGGGGCCCACAGGGUGAUCAGCCUCAGCCCUACCCCAGCUAUAGGCUCUGGCCUCUGGGAACCCUUGUGAGGGAAGAAGUCUGGCCUGGCCUGUGUGUGAGUCCUGUCUCACUGUGGAGGAGCUGGCUGCCCAUGUGCCAAGGAGAGCAGGGCCCAGGACCCAGGGGUGCCCUCUGGGUUUAUGUUGGGGUGAGGGGCUGUGCUGGCUGCCUCUGUCCUGUGUUUGACCCUGCCCUCGAGGGGUCUUGUCCUGUCAGUCACGAGGGAGCCACAACCAAAGUCGCAGGGAGCUGGUGGGGAAGGAGGCCGAAUGGCCCUUGGCAGAGCGUGACAGACUGCUCAGUCUCCGGCUGGGUCUUUCCUAGGGAACUAGAAGGCCAGUGUUCUUCCCCCUCACUCCCUCCCACUGCAGGCAGCCUUUCUGCUUCCCCAAUGCCUUAUGCCUGGGCACACUGCCACAGAAUAUGCAAUACGUGUGGGUGACAUGCCCCCACGCCCACAUCCUCACCCCGGGCAGCCCCUGGACCCCAAAGGCUGCAGCUGCUACAGGCCCCCUUCAGUCUCUCCUGCCUAUCUGUCUUCACACUGAGAAUGGCGCCUAAUAAAUGCUGUCUAUGG